AUGUAUAAAUUCACAAUUAUUGCUCUUGCUGCUCUCUUCGCUUGUGCUUCUGGAGCACCUGGUCUAUUGCCAUCAGCACCGCUAGCCUAUGCAAAUGCACCUUUGUAUGCGGCUGGCGGUAGUAAUCAAAUCGAUGUACGCAACAACUAUGAUGGUACCUUGUCAUCAUACACCACUGCACCAUUCAGUUACACCGCUCCAUAUUCUAGUCGUUAUGUAUCCGGCUUACCUGCAGUAGCUCCUGCUGCUUACACAGCGCCUUUAGCUGCUGCCCCUGCCGCUUACACAGCUCCAUUCGCUGCUGCUCCAGCUGCUUAUGCUGCACCAGCUUUUGCUAAGUAUGCUGCACCAGCUGCACUCUCAGCACCACUAGCUGCAUCAUUUGCAGCUCCAUAUGCAUCACCUUUUGCAUCACCAUUUGCAUCGCCUUUCGCUGCUUCAUAUGCCUCACCAUUUGCUGCAGCUGCACCUUUGGCUGCACCACUGGCUGCUGCUGCUCCAGCUGCUGUUGUUUAA